AGCGGUCCCACGCCACCAGCAGCUCUCCUCCGGCUCAGACCCAUCUGCCUGCGGGCUGGAGAAGGCAGGAGGGGAAGAGGGGAGCGCAGCCCCCGCAGCGUGCCUCGGGAGUCAUGUGCCGGCCGGAGGGGGGCUGCUGAGGCUGCCUCUGGCUGCCUGCCCGGGGUCCGGGCUGGGAGCUCGCUGGGCUGAUGACGACCUCGCUGCCGCCGCUGCUGCCUGGCUGAGCGCCGCGUCCCUCAGCGGGCUUUGCCCACCGCCACCAUGCCAGCCCAGCAGAAGAAGAUCAUCUUCUGCGUAGCCGGGGUGCUGAGCCUGGCCUGCGCGCUGGGCACGGCGGCGGCCAUCGGCACGCCGCUCUGGGUGAAGGGGACCAUCCUCUGCAAGACCGGAGCCCUGCUGGUCAACGCCAGCGGGCAGGAGCUGCACAAGUUCGUCGGGGACAUCCAGUACGGGCUGUUCCGCGGGCAGCGAGUGCGGCAGUGCGGGCUCGGGGGGAGGCCGCUCCAGUUCUCCUUUUUUCCAGAUUUGCUCAAAAUUAUCCCUGCCAGCAUCCACGUCAGUGUCAUCCUCUUCUGCACAGUCCUGAUGGUCUUUGCUCUGGUGGGAGCAGGGUUCUUCAUGUUCAAUGCCUUUGGCAGCCCUUAUGAAACGCUGCAUGGCCCUGUGGGGUUGUACCUCUGGAGCUUCAUUGCCUGCUCCUGCGGUUGCCUCAUCAUGAUUCUCUUCUCCUCAGAGGUGAAGAUCCACCACCUCUCAGAGAAGAUUGCAAAUUUCAAAGAGGGAAGCUUCACCUUCAAGACUCAGAGCGAGCAGUUUGCAGACUCCUUCUGGAUCAUCCUGGUCUGCUCCCUGGUGCACUUCCUGAACGCCCUGCUGAUUCGCUUUGCCGGCUUCCAGUUUCCCUUCUCCAAACCUAAAGACUCAGGGACAGCCACUGGGGCAGCUGACCUCAUGUAUUAGAACAGCAUCACUGGAGAAUGCUUCAAGGGAAGAGGUUCACCACCACUACACUCAACAGCCACCAGACGUAGUAACUUGUAUGUGAUUAGCUCUGAAGAAGUCGAAGUGCAGGUUUCAGACACCCCUCAGUGUGGCACAGGCAGUAAGCAGAAGCAGACACACAGUUUAGUGGUGUCUAGGUUCAAACACCCUCUGCCCCUCAGGCUAAGAACUUGUGGGGAUAUUUGCCUUUUCUCCUAGUAAGUUAUUUGACAGGCAUCUGGUGUGAAGGAACCCAAGAAUUAGAACAGCUUCAAAACGGCUCUGGAAAGUAAAACAAAACAGGUAGCAACGACCAGCAGCAGCUUCAGCCACCAACCCUUGUGCAGGGGAGGUUACUACCUCGGGGCAGUGGAGAAGAACACCCAGCAGACCUCGAACAUCCUGGGCUUUGCUUCUAACACCCCUCAGGCUCCAGCUCAGAAGGAGCCCAACACUGCAGCAGGCGCUGGCAGGACAAACCUCAAACACCUAAAGCCACCAGCAGCACUUCAACCUGGCACCACACACACAGCAUCACUUCAGCCUGGCACCACACACACAGCAUCACUUCAGCCUGGCACCACACACACAGCAACACUUCAACCUGGCACCACACACACAGCAGCACCACUGCUGUGCAUAAAGCUCUCUUCUGGGCUUUUUAGUCUUAACAAACCAAACGUUGACCCAAAGCCCUCAUUUCCCUGUGAGGUGACUGUAACUGGGGACUUGGCAUUUCAGGUUCAAAGCAGGACACUGAGGAGAUCAAACAGCCUCCUGCUGCUUGCCCAAGGGAGCAGCCUGGCUUGGUGCUGCUGAAGAACCCCUCUGCAUGUGAGAACCCUCUCCAUGAUCCUAGAGGUCUUUUCCAACCUUGGCUAAUUCUGUGAUUCUGUAAAGCCAGAAGGGACAAACAUCAGCCCUCACAGCCUUAAGCUCUGCAGGUAGGCUCAAGCAGCCAUAACACUCACCCCAAGCACAGCCCAGCAAGCCCACUUACAGAAAGAUCUGAAGAGCAUCACGACACCAGACACUGCCUCCACGAGUGCCUUGGAAAUGAGGAGCUCCUUGCAGGACAUGGACAACACAGAGCAAACUUGAGAGGAGAAGCAGAGAAGGGCAGCUACUGCCCCAGACACCCAUUUAUCUGCAGGGCUGCCCUUUAUCUGCACCCAUGAAUCUGCAGAGCAACCAACCCCACCCACAACCUGUCACAACCCAGCCCACCUGGUACCAAUCACAGCCUGCCCAGGCAGCACCCAUCAGGUCACCCUGGGGGGGAAUCAGGUACCUGUAAGUUCGAGGAAGAGGAGGCUGAGGGAGCCCUCAUUGCUUAAACACCUCAUUAGGUGUUUAAGGCCAGGCUGGCUGAGGCUGUGUGCAGCCUGCUCUAGGGUAGGGUGUCCCUGGGCAUGGCAGGGGGGCUGGAACUGGCUGCUCCUUGUUGUCCCAUCCAGCCCCGACUGAUUCUAUGAUUCUGUGCUGUCUCACAAUUACCUGAAGGGACAUUGUGGAGAGGCUGCUGCUGGGCUCUUCUCACAGGUAUCUGGAGACAGAACAAGGGGAAUGGCCUCAAGCUGAGGCUGGGGAGGGUUAGAUUGGGCAAUAGGAAAAGGUUUUUCACUGAGAGAGUGGCCAAGGACUGGAAUGAGCUGCCCAGGGAGGUGGUGGAGUCACUCACCCCGGAUGUGUUUGGAUGUGGUGCUUAGGGCUAUGGUUUAAGGUGAAUCUUACGGAGCAGGGUUCUAGGUUGGGCUUGGUGAUCUUGAGGGGCUUUGCCAGCCUGGAUGUGUCUGAUUCUGUGACUCCCCCCCCCCCGGACACAACAUGCUCCAGCCUCCAGCAGCCUGCACAAGGACCUUGCUGACUUUUAGCCACUGGUUUAUACUUUAACUGUGAAUGACAAAACGUUGCUGGGAGUUAGGGAAAAGGUUUGCCAGCUGCAUCCCUGCUCCACAACCCCCUCCACAAAGCAGCUCAGGUUGCAGGACAGCUCCCUGGACUGUGUCUGUGUGUAAGGGCUACAGUGAGCUGCCACCACCCUCAGCUGCUCUCAGCGUUUUCUUCUUCGUUAAUUGCAUAUUGUUCUUAAUGUCAACCUAUCUUCUUAACACCUGGUUUGUGUUACA